AUGCCGGAGACAGAGUUGGUGCUGUUCUUGGACCCAUAUAAGUUCAAGAAGAAGCUUGCCCCGAGCGAUGUCGAUGGACGGCGGUCAAGGCUCUUGAUCACGCGGAAUUCUGCGAAGAACCACUUGCUCCAAUUGAUGAGCUGGGAGACUGAGACUGAAGUCAUCAGCGGCGAGGGGGCCGAUGUCAUCGUGUGGGAUGACGAUACGAACUCUGAGCAUAGACUGGUGUUCAUAUGCUGGCAGUCGUCUGAGACCUAUGUUCUCAGGGGGGGUUGGAUCAGGGAGUUCGUGAGACGUAGAGGUUUGGAGGCUGGCGACGAAGUGGGGAUAUACUGGGAUACCCUUGCCAGCAAGUCUCCUGCAUAUAGGCAUUUCAUAUUUGCUUCUAAUCUUAUAGUUGAAUUUUGUAAUGCCGGCUGUAUUACUGGAUGUGCUCAAUGUGUUCCAUUCUUGAAGAUUAAUGGGCUGCAGAAUUUGCUCCUGACCUGA